AUGGCAGCACCCGGCAGCGUCUCGGCUGCUUUUCAGGAGUACCUGCAGCACCUGGGGCUGCAGGACUUCCCCUGUGGCCUUGGCAGCUGGAACAAAUCCCGCUGCAAUGCCCGCAGGAGCUCCCGGGCACAGCCAGCGGGGCUGGAGGAGGCUGUGCCACCAGGAGAGGAGAGCCCUGAGGUGCUGCUGGAGCUGCUGAGAGACCAGCACAGCCCCUGGGCACUGCCCUCUGACUGCAGCCCCCAGGCCCAGCGCCUGAGGGAAGUGGUUGUGCUGGCACCCGAGCUCCUCCGUGGCUCCAGAGUCUCCCAGCUUGUCAAGUCCCUGCGGAUACUCGACAAGGGGGUGGAGGAGGUGGAUGAAGGUCUGCUGCAGUUCCAGCAGCUGGAGGAGCUCAUCCUCAGUGCCAACCACAUCAGCAGGGUAACCUCAGCCCAUCUGCCCCGGACUCUGAAGGUGCUGGAGCUCUGCUACAAUGAUGUGGGUGAUCUGCAGGACCUGUGUGCUCAGCCACCCCCGGAGCUCCAGCACUUGGGGCUGGGCUACAACCAGCUGUGUGGCCCUUCCCAGGAAAAGCACCUCACUGUGGAUUUCUGGCCAAACCUUGUCUCCCUUGACCUGAGCUUUAACAGCCUCACAGACCUGCUGGGGCUGGUCUCCCAGCUGACCACCCUGCAGAACCUCCGCAUCCUGCUGCUCCAGGGGAACCCACUGGCUCUCAUCCCCCCUUACAGAGGCUUCCUCGUGGACAGCCUGCCCAAGCUGUCCAUCCUCGAUGACAUCUACAUAUGGCCUGAAGAGAGGCAGCAGUUCCAGGGGCUGGCAGGGCAGCCAGAGCUGAUCAGGAGUGAAGCACGACUGGUUGUGAGCAUUGGGGAGAUGAAGGGACUCCCUAAUCCCGAAGAUUUUCAGCAGCUGGAAGUUGCCUGUGAGGGUCCAGUGAUCACCUGCAGCUACUGUGUGACCUACCAGUUUGCAGAGGGAGAGGAGCUGGAGGACAGGGGCAGUCCUGAGGGAACAGAAAUCCACCAGAGUCCCACAGUGGGCACACUGGAUGUGGACAGCUCUGCUCAGGACACAGGAGAGACAAAGAGCCAACAGGAGCCUGCAGCCACAGAGGAGCCCAAGGCCCACUCUGCAAAGGUUUUUGCCACCUCUGCACAGCCCUGGGCAGACACCAUCGACUGCAGCUACAGGAAGGAACACAUUGCCAAGGACUUGGUGGGGCUGAAGUCCUACCUGGAGGCUGGAACCAUUGUCUCAGUUGUGGAGGAGAAGGUGCUCUCGUGGCCUGUGGAUCCAGAUGAAAGCCCUGUCACAAGUAAGGAAGGACAGGAGCUGAAGAAGAACGGUGCAAAGGGGCCUGUCCCCAUGUCCAAGGACAAGCAGAAAAAGAAGAAGAAGAAGAAGUCCUGUGAAUACCGCAGUGACCCUCCCAUUUGGAGCACCCUGGCCACCACGAGGGUGACCUUGGAGACCCUGCUGGCCACCGAGAGCCUGGUGGCAACUGUGUGUGACUUUGGGAUCUUGAUCCCUGAGAAACCACCAGCAUCACCAGUUCUGGAUGAGAAGGAGGCAAAAAAAGGCAAAGACAAGAGCAAAAAACCCAAAGGAGAGAAAGGAGACCAGAAAAACGCGGCUUCCAAAGGAAAAGGAAAAAACAAAGACACUGCUGAAGUGGAGGAGGAUCAAGAGCCCCAGCCAGUGCCACUGACAGUUCAAUUCCAGAUGCAGCUGCUUCGCUGGCCCUUGGCAGCCAGCACCCAGAGCCAGGAGAAUGUGGCCAUGGCAGUGGGGAGCACACAGUGAUGUGUCCGUAGCAGGAGCAUGAGUGGAAAUAAACCACACGGGAACGCU